ACGCAGCCCAAAACAGCGGGCGUUACUUUUGGUGCGGCCCUCGUGGAUGGAACCGGCUUUAUUUCGGGCUCGCGUUCAGCCCGGGGCGGGGGAGAGCAGCGCUCCGCCCGCUGGGAGCCCCGUUCGGCGACAAAACGCCGCCGGAUCGUUGCCAACGCAGUCAGUGGGCGCGACGUGCCGGCGCAAGGCGGGACAGAAGCGUGCAGCGGAACGGGGCGGAGCGGAGCGCGGCUCCUCCGACCCUCGGCGGCGGCGCUGAGAUGGCGGCGGGCGGAGCGCUGCUGCGGGCGUUGGGUUUUGCCACCCUUCUGCUGCCCGCAGCUCCCCGAGGGUCGCCCGGAUCGGCGGAGCGCCGCUGCUUCUGCCAGGUCACUGGCCAUUUAGACGACUGCACGUGUGAUGUAGAAACCAUCGAUGCCUUCAACAACUACAAGCUGUUUCCUAGGCUGAAUCAACUUCUGGAAAGUGACUAUUUUAGAUACUACAAAGUGAACCUAAAGAAACCCUGUCCUUUCUGGGAUGACGACAGUCACUGUGGAAUAAGAGACUGCGCUGUCAAACCCUGCCCGUCUGACGAAGUCCCUGAUGGAAUCAGAUCUGCAAGUUACAAGUACUCAGAGGAAGCCAACAGCCGUGCUGAAGAAUGUGAAGAAGCCAGCAGGCUUGGGGCUGUGGAUGAGUCACUGAGCAAGGAAACCCAGCAGGCAGUGCUCCAGUGGACGUGGCACGAUGACUCUUCAGACAGCUUCUGUGAAGCUGAUGACAUCCUUUCCCCCGACGCAGAGUAUGUGGAUCUGCUCCUGAACCCCGAGCGCUACACUGGCUACAGAGGGCCGGAUGCCUGGAAGAUAUGGAACAGUAUUUAUGAAGAAAACUGCUUCAAGCCUCAGAAUGUGAAAAGACCUUUGGCAUCUGGUAGAGGAGACGACGGAGGGCAGAUGUUUUACAAGUGGUUGAAAGGUGUCUGCAUAGAGAAACGAGCUUUCUACAGGCUCAUUUCUGGUCUCCAUGCAAGCAUCAACAUUCACCUGAGCGCCAGGUACCUCUUACAAGAUACGUGGUCAGAGAAGAAAUGGGGCCCCAAUGUUACGGAGUUCCAGCAGAGGUUCGACGAGGUUCUCACCAGAGGGGAAGGCCCCAGAAGACUGAAGAACCUGUAUUUUCUCUACCUGAUUGAGCUGCGGGCUCUAUCCAAAGUGCUGCCCUUCUUUGAGCGCCCAGGUUUCCAGCUGUACACAGGGAAUCAAAGCCACGAUGCAGACAUCAAGAGCCUAUUGCUGGAAGUUCUCCACCUGGCCAAGUCUUUUCCACUGCAUUUUGACGAAAACUCCUUCUUUGCAGGGAAUAAAAAAGAAGCUGCUAAACUAAAGGAGGAGGUCAGGCUACACUUCAAGAAUAUUUCCAAGAUAAUGGACUGCGUUGGCUGCUUCAAGUGUCGCCUGUGGGGGAAGCUGCAGACACAGGGCCUGGGCACAGCGCUGAAGAUCCUCUUUUCUGAAAACCUGAUAGAAAAGAUUCCUGAGAGCGGCCCUUCCUAUGGAUUCCAGCUGACGAGACAAGAAAUCGUGGCUCUGUUUAAUGCUUUUGGAAGGAUUUCAACAAGCGUCAGAGAACUGGAGAACUUCAGGACCCUCCUACGAACCAUGCGGUGAAUGCAGCACAGGAAGGCCCAAGCUUUCCUCCCACCUCCUGGGUUCUUCAGCAAUAGGCAAACACCUCAAUUCCACUGCACUCUGAGGGCUGCAGGUGAAGGCCACUUGCUGAGCCUCAGGCUCCUGGUUGACUGUCUGUCUGGAAGCUGCUGGUGCCAAAUAUUUUGUACAAGACCAAAAACCUGCUGUUUUGUAUCAAAGUGAGGCCGUACGUAAAGUUUAUUUUACAUAGAUCGUUCUGAAUGACUUCUCUAAAUACUGCUGUGGUGUUUGAAUGGGUGAGGCUGCUCUCUUUACCUUCAGAAGCUGAAGGCAAAGCCUGAAUAAAGUUGGGGAAAAUUCCUCAAUCUGGUCCCUGACUCCAUGCUGGCCCUCACAGCAUCCUUAGAGAGGCUUAGAGGAACAAAUCCUAGAAUGGCCUGGGUUGCACAGGAGCACAGUGCUCAUCCAGCUCCAACCCCCUGCUGUGUGCAGGUCACCAACCAGCAGCCCAGGCUGCCCAGAGCCACAUCCAGCCUGGCCUUGAAUGCCUGCAGGGAUGGGGCAUCCACAGCCUCCUUGGGCAACCUGUGCCAGUGCCUCACCACCCUCUGGCUGAAAAACUUCCUCCUCAUAUCCAACCCAAACCUCCCCUGUCUCACUUUAAAACCAUUCCCCACCACUCUGGGACAGAACGGGGUGUUGCUGCACUUUUCUGACCUGCUGCUUUGCAUCCCAUGCUGCUGGGUGAGCAGAUGGUGUUUCAGGCCAGUGCUGCAGGGGGAGCAAGGCCCCUUCUUCCUUGCAGAAGACGAUGGGGUUUGCAGCGUGCUGAAGGAAUCCUGCAGCUCACCAUUUGGCCACCUCGUGCCUCCAUCUUGUGUGAAGACAGGCGAGCAGCAGCACAGGCCCCACUCCUGCCAGGUGCUGAGCUGAAAACGGUGGCUGUGGGUUUUGUUCUUACAAGAAAGCAGAGCGUGGGCAUAAAGUAAGGCAAAGGCAGGGCCAGUGCAGCCCCCCUCCCCAGCUCUGCAGCCAGCAACCAGAGCCAUGAGAGAAAACAGGACUUUGUCAGAGGCAAGCUGCAGCGCUUGCAGCAAGUGCCUGAGGGCACCCACCUGCCUGAGGGCAAGGGGAGCUGAAAGCGAGGCCCCUCGGCACCAGGUUGUGCCAGGAGCUGAGGCCUCUGGUGCAGCCAGUAUUGGAACCUUUUGGUUUUCCCAGCCCUCCUCAGAGCAUUAAGCCAUUAACUGAGGAUCAGCUCAUCAUGCUGGAAGCCAGGUGAGGCUACAAAGGGCAUGGAUGUCCCUGCGAGGGGCUGCCACUGCUCAGCUGCCAAAGCAGAGCUGAAUUUCUGCCACUGCAAGGACAAGAAGCUGGGGAAGUAGGACAGAGCUGCCGGCACAGAGCAGAGGCUGCAGCCCCUCCUGGGCCAGGCGCACCCGGCUCUGCUCUCAGCUCCCCAGCAGCCCCGUCCCACAGCCCUACAGCCGUCUGCUCAGUGCCGAGGCCUCGCUCGCCCCCAGGUGAGCACACGCUCUGGUGAAGCAGCUGCGAUCUGCAGGGAGCUCAAGGCCACGGCUGAUAAACCCAUGGUGUAAGGAAAUAUGGGAACACGGAGUUGCUGAGAUGAAGUUUCUGCCUCCUCCGCAGCUCGGUGCCAAGGAGAUGGUGGCUGGGUCACAGCCUGAGAGUAGGACAAAGCACAGCCCACGCAGAAGCAUCUCCUGCCCUGGGAGCUGCAGGCACAGGAGCAGAAACCAGGGAAGGGCAAAAGGUGCAGCUUGAGCCCCUUGUUCCCAGGCCUGGAGGAACAGCAGUGGAUAAUUCCUGCCAUGCUGUAAGGUGGGGGGGCUGCAGACCCCUCCCUCAACCCACCUGCAGGCGCUCCCAGCACAGCCAUGCAGACGCAGACCAAGAAUGGAGGCUGCAGGACAACAGCUGGAGCUGCCAGGAGCAAAACUCAGCAGGACCUGUGGCAACGGAGCACAGAAACUUGUUUUUAUUUCAACAUAGUAGUGCUUGGUUACAGUUUAGUGAAGAAGAAAUAGGUACAUUCAUUGGCCACAGCUUCCUGUCGCAGCCAGCAGCUGCCAGACUGCAAAGCCAAAACACUGUUAAAGAACACACAAAAAAAAUAAUAAUAAAGAAGUUCAAUGAAAGGCAACUAUGCAUUAAAAAAGUCAUUGUACUUCUCAGCUAUAAAUUACUUCAGUAAAACACGAGACGACCCCAGCAGGAGCAGCCAGAGUUGUGAAAUUAACGGCCAUCCGUACAAGUGAAUAAAAGCAAACCGCUCCGCCACUCACUCACGAGUACAUCAGCAACGAGACUCACUGCCAGCCCAGCGCCAGGAAGAUCGAAUGGUUGUGUGCUUCAGUGCAAUACGAACAAUGAGCCUGUAGCCCUUUAGUUUUUUAUUUUUAUUUUUUGCACUACGCUCCCUUCCCUCCAAAGAAAAACUUAAAGUGCUCCGAGUGCUUUGGAAUUUAAGCAAGAACAGGGGCCGCCAGCGUCACUUCUUGUCUUUGGUGACUUGUGGCAGAAGAAGGACAGGACGGGCUGCGUCCUUCGUUAGCUUUGCUGUAAGCCAAGCAGCGAUUGAGAUGGAGCAACCUGUUUGUGCAGCCCGGAGGGAGGAGGCAGGUCUGUUACACCAGGGGACAGCAGCCAGGGGAGCGGUGGCAGUCAAGGUGAAGAUCUCUGGUUCAAGUACGAAAGGAGAGGGAUGCGCCAGAAGCUGUGGUCUCAACACCCUCCCCGAACAGCAGCAGAGGUUGCUCUUUUUCUGGGCCAGUAAGAGUGAGGCAGGUUAGCAUGGAGGCCACACACCAGCACAGCGAGAGGAAAGGUGUUCUAGUGCAACCAGUGACAUCAGCUCAACACAAGCAAGGUGGGAGACGGGGCGCCUGCCAUGUGAAAGGGCAAGGCUGCAGGAGAGGCCAGGGCUGCCCCAGGGCUCCUCACACACUGCCAUGUGGACACAAGCUGCCCAGGGCCUUCAGCACCCACUGCCACCCCUCAGGCAGACCCAGGCUGCACUGUGCUGCUCCUCACAGGUGCACGGCCUCCAGCCAGCCAGCUCUCCCAGCAUCAGGUGGGUGUUUGAGCAGCUUCAAGUAGGUUAAAAGCAGUUCCAGUUCAAGUUUUCACUAGAGGUCAGAGCAGCUGCUUGCCUAAGACCAGCACCUCCCACCCAAGCACGUGGCCAAAGCUGCUCUGCUCAUCCCACAGGAGGCUCAGAGACAUGCUGGGAGUAACAUCCAGUCUUAAACAGUCUCAUCUCCAAGAGCCCAGAGCUGCAAACCA